UAACAAAUGUCAUUGUGAUUCUCCAAUUUUACCUCCCUUCCAACUGCCUGUUAUCUGCCUCAUUUGUCUUUAUUUUUUAGCCAAUCCUAGUUGGUGUUUUUUCUCUUGCAUUUUGGCAAUGCUUCAACCAGGUGUUCUCACUCUUUCUGUCUUCCUCUGGCCCAGAUUUUAUUUUUUUUGUUGGUAAAAUUAAGAUCUGAUUUCUUUGUAUAAAACUCAGGCACCUGUAGCCCUAAAGGGAGGGUGUGUUUUUCUUUUGAAUGGAAGUUGCACUGUGGCUUUUGCUUCUCUCAUUUCCUGUCUCCUCCAAAAGACAGGAGUUUGCAUUUAAGGGAUUUAGAGGUGAGGAAGGGAGAAAAUAAAAGGGCCGUCAGAGCCUCUCAUCUUUGUCCAGGAUAAAGCUGAUUAUGCCCUAUACACACUGGCCAUUUUUGUUUGUUUGUUGCUUUCUCUUACUCAAGCGUGGCAAGUGGAGAGGACUGUGUGAACUCUGCUCGUGACAGCAGCUCAGGUUCUGACACCAUCUGCCAGUUAAUCCACUUGCCAGGGAAGAGUCUGACGUAGGAAAGCAAUCUCCAGGUCAGGCCUCCAGCAUCUGGCUCCUCUGCACUCCCUCAACAUCGCAAUCUCCAAUGGGCCAGGGAAGGAGCCAAGAACAACACUAGAAUGGAGUGAGAACGCAGUGAAUGGAGAGCACCUGUGGCUGGAGACCAAUGUCUCUGGGGACCUGUGUUACCUAGGGGAGGACAGUUGCCAAGUCAAAUUUGCAAAAUCGGCUCUCCGACGGAAGUGUGCUGCCUGCAAGAUUGUGGUCCACAAUGCGUGCAUGGAACAGUUAGAGAAGAUUAAUUUCCGGUGCAAACCAACGUUCCGAGAGGGGGGCUCCAGAUCUCCAAGAGAAAACUUUGUCCGACAUCACUGGGUGCACAGGCGGAGGCAGGAAGGGAAGUGCAAGCAGUGUGGAAAGGGAUUUCAGCAAAAAUUCUCCUUCCACAGUAAAGAGAUUGUGGCCAUCAGUUGUUCCUGGUGCAAGCAGGCGUUUCACAACAAAGUCACCUGCUUCAUGUUACAUCACAUCGAGGAGCCGUGUUCCCUGGGGGCUCAUGCUGCUGUCAUUGUGCCUCCCACCUGGAUCAUUAAGGUGAAGAAAGCUCAGGUGGUCUCCAUACCAGGAGACGAGCCUGAUUGGGAAGGAGACUGGAGCCCCGGAGGGAAAACGGGCGUCUCCUACCCCUAUUGGGAGGGUUGGCAGAACUCAUUAAAAACUUCAACCCGGCGGAAGAAGAGAACGUCCUUUAAAAGAAAAGCCAGCAAAAGAAGCAAUGAGGAAAACAAAGGCCGACCAUUUGUGAUAAAGCCCAUCUCUUCGCUUCUCAUGAAACCACUGCUGGUGUUUGUCAAUCCAAAAAGUGGAGGGAAUCAGGGCACUAAGGUUCUCCAGAUGUUCAUGUGGUACUUGAAUCCACGCCAAGUCUUCGAUCUCUCUCAGGAAGGGCCAAGAGAUGCACUCGAACUGUACAGAAAAGUGCCAAACCUGCGAAUCCUGGCCUGCGGUGGGGAUGGAACGGUGGGCUGGAUCCUCUCCAUCCUGGAUGAGCUACAGCUCAGCCCCCAGCCUCCUGUUGCCGUCCUUCCCCUUGGCACUGGAAAUGACCUUGCUCGCACCCUCAACUGGGGAGGGGGUUAUACCGAUGAGCCUGUCUCGAAGAUCCUCUGUCAUGUAGAAGAUGGGACUAUUGUCCAGCUGGACCGCUGGAACCUCCAGGUGGAACGAAACCCUGAUUUGCCACAGGAAGAAAUCGAGGACGGGGCACGUAAGCUUCCGCUCAGUGUCUUCAAUAAUUACUUCAGCCUUGGAUUUGAUGCACAUGUCACGCUGGAAUUCCAUGAAUCCCGAGAAGCAAAUCCAGAGAAAUUCAACAGUCGCUUUCGAAAUAAAAUGUUUUAUGCUGGGGCAGCCUUUUCAGACUUCUUGCAGAGAAGUUCCAGAGAUUUAUCCAAACAUGUUAAAGUUGUGUGUGAUGGAACAGACCUGACCCCAAAGAUUCAGGAGCUGAAGUUCCAAUGUAUAGUGUUUUUAAAUAUACCCAGGUAUUGUGCUGGCACAAUGCCCUGGGGUACCCCCAGCGACCACAGAGACUUUGAACCUCAGCGCCAUGAUGAUGGUUACAUUGAGGUCAUUGGGUUCACUAUGGCCUCUCUGGCUGCUCUUCAGGUGGGAGGUCAUGGAGAAAGGUUGCAUCAGUGCCGGGAAGUGACUCUGUUAACAUACAAGUCUAUCCCCAUGCAAGUGGAUGGGGAGCCAUGUCGACUUGCUCCGUCUCUCAUUCGGAUCUCCCUAAGGAACCAGGCCAAUAUGGUGCAGAAGAGCAAGAGGAGAACAUCCAUGCCUUUACUCAAUGAUCCCCACUCCAUCCCAGACCGCCUGCGGAUCCGAGUGAAUAGGAUUAGUUUACAAGAUUACGAGGGGCUGCAUUAUGACAAGGAAAAACUGCGUGAAGCCUCCAUCCCUCUGGGAAUUAUAGUUAUACGAGGAGAUUGUGACUUGGAGGCCUGUCGUAUGUACAUUGACCGGCUACAAGAGGACCUGCAGUCGGUAACUUCUUCUAUGCAGAGAGUUCACUACCAGGAUCAGGAAGGUUCCUUCCCCCGAGUACUUUCUGUUCAGAGGCUCUCUCCUAGAUGGUGCUUCCUAGAUGCAACUUCUGCUGAUCGUUUUUACCGCAUUGACAGAUCUCAGGAACAUUUGCACUUUGUGACGGAAAUUUCGCAGGACGAGAUUUUUAUCCUGGACCCAGAGCUGGUGAUAUCACAGCAGGUGGGGACGCCGCCGGGAAUGCCUGAUCUGGUAGUGGAGCAGGCCUCUGGAAUAUCGGAUCGGUGGAACCCUGCAGUCCGAAAGCGGAUGCUGAGCGACAGUGGCCUUGGCAAGAUUUCCCCGCACUACGAGGUACCUGACAAACAAAAGGACGCCAGCCAGACACACAUGCUGCAGCCACCUGUCUCUUCAGAAGAUCAAGCACUUUUACAAGCAGUAAUAGACGGUGAUCUUCUGAAGUUCAUAGAAUGCUGUAAGAGAGGAGCUAAUCUGUUAAUCCAGGGACCUGACCACUGUUCCGUGCUUCACCAUGCUACCAAGACUGGGCACCUUGAAAUUGUGAAAUACAUCUUAGAACAUGGACCAUCUGAGUUACUGGAUAUGACAGACAGUGAAACGGGUGAGACAGCAUUGCACAAGGCGGCCUGCCAGCGCCAUCGUGGCAUCUGCCAGCUCUUGGUGGAUGCGGGAGCGUCUCUAAGAAAUACAGAUUCCAAGGGUCAGACACCUAGAGACAAGGCUCAGCAAGCUGGGGACCCAGAUCUGGCCUCCUACCUGGAGAGUCGUCAGAACUACCAGAUGGUUUCCCAUGAGGACCUGGAGACUGCAGUUUGAUGUCCAUGAAAGGGAAGAGAACCCUAGGAAAUAACAAGGCUGCACCUGAGACACUCAGGCAUUGUAUGAGGAAGAAGCUGAUGGAAUCAACGUGUCUCUCGCUCUCAUGCAAAAUAUCUGAGGACAUGCCACCAGUUUCUAAGGGCUAAUGAGUCUUGCCACGGAACUGUUAUGUUCCCAUGUGGUGGCCCAUUGGGGAUGAGGUGAAACACUCAAAGGUCUGUGGAAUCCAUGGGCCACGGAAAUUUACCCUUACUGCUUCCAGCAAGUAGCAUGAACUUCUCCCAUGUUCAUCUGUACAAUUUAUUUAAAAAAAAAGAAAGAAAGGGAGGAAAAAAACCAAACUAACUUGGACAUUAAUAAACCCAACCAACCCCUUCCUCUAUUCCUACAGUGCCCUACAUUCCUUCCUCUCCCAUCCUACUCAUUUGUCACCAAUUAAAUAAUAUCUGUUAUCUCUGUAUUAAUUCUUCACAAAUGGACAGGUGAUAGGCAAGACUUUGAGGAGCUCUGGAUGCCCUUAGAAAAAAAUGACUUUUGAACCUGCUGAGUCCUCGCCUACUGUUCCCUCGGAAGUUGACUUCUCAGUGUUUAAUUGCCAGGGAGUUUUUUUCUCUUUUGGAACAAAUUCUUUCUACUGCCCUGUUCUAUGGGGUGCUGGAUCUAGCUAGCUUCACAGCACAGACAAGAGCUAGCCUUCUAUCAGUCUCUGAAUAUAUCUUAAAGGUGUCCUCAUGAAAUGAUAUUUGAGUGGAAGCGAGUUGCUGUGUGACAUUUUGUGUUGUCUUCUGACAGACCACAUAGUAACCAAUAAGAUGUCUCAUGUCACCACUCUGCUGAUAAUGACAGACUGAUUCUGCUCAGGUCUGAAUCCUGCCUAUAAUUAGCCAUUUGGGGCUUCUGUCAAGUUGUGUUUUUAAGAUAGGGAGAGUUCAGAGUAUGAUGGAUGCAGUUGUGGUUGACUGACUUACUUGUGCUGCCACUUUGACUUACUGACUCUUACAGUCCUAGGAAACCAAAUGGAAAGCAUCAGCUGUCUGUCGAGGCUUGCUGAUAUUAACAAGAGGAUGAGCACCACAUUAGACAUUUUUAAAAUAAUAAAAUUACAAUGAAAACAGAUGGGCGGAUUCCAAGAGAGAUUUGGAACAAAGCUUUAAAAGAGAGAGAUUAUCCUAGUCAAAAGAAGACAAAUGUCAACCAUUAGCCUCUCAUUGCUCACCAUAGGAUUAAAAACAUAUAUUGCUUAGCUGUUGUCAGGCAAGUCAUGGUUUCUUUAUUCUGCUCCUUACUUUCCUGACCCAAAGAAUACCACCAUCAAACAGGAAUCCUCCACACCCCAAACAUACUCACAUAUACACAGAAAACCUUAAAAUGAACACUCUAUCACUUAUGGAAUUCAGCUGUCAGCAUUAAGGGGGCUUUCCCUUUUCCUUAGAGAAUUGUCAAGGCUCAAUCCUGGCAUCAUAAUUCCAACACAGUUUGUAAUUGAAGAUCCAGUUCUCUCUCUCUUUUCACAUGCAUUUGCAAGGUGUAGGUUUUUGAUGGUUGGUGCUAAACAGGAUCGGUGUACAGUUUUGAACCCAGGAAAACCCAUCAGGUCAUUUUCUUCCUUUAAUAGCAGUUGUGGGGAUGAAAUUGAUGUGAUUCUGGUGAAUUUUUCUCUCCACUUUUUUUUUUUUAAACAAGUGAUUCUUUUGGCAGAGGAGGGGGAGCUGAAUAAUAAGCCUUUUCAUUUACCUUGUUUUCAAAGCUCUAUUCAAUGUGAGCAAAAUAUUGUUCAGUAUUUCUUCCGCUGAAAGAAGAUUAUAUUUGUAAUCUACAGAUCAAUGGCGACAUGAAAUGUGUUUUGUCUUAUUUUCUCUCUUCACUUUAUCUUUCUAAUUUAAAAACAAAAGGUUAAGGCUAAGUUCUUCCUUUGGAUACUCAUUCAGGGGUUUCCAUGGAGGGCCAGUGUAUACAUACAAGGACAGAAAGCAGAGUAAAAUUUCUCUUUUUGUGGAAACUUCCAUACAAACAACCCUCCCCUUGUGGUGUCACUGCAGUCCUGGCAUUAUUUCCCAGCUGUGAGGAAAGGCAUGCAGCUUUUUAGCUUUUGGUUGUGCAUUCUGUAUGUGAGAAAUGGAGGAAGUGGGACUGGUACCUUGGGCUAAAUUCUGACCUGUGCCAAGAUACACUUAGGGCAUGGGAUCAGGAUGGUUGGUGAGCCAGUUACAGCUCCCUGAUUCUCACGCGUCCCUGGCCCAGGACCAGACAUCAGUUAGAGCAGUUUAAUGACUGCUCUAACUUAUGACAGCUCGUUGUGGUCCAUAGGGAACCAUACCGUGGCUGUGAAUUACUGUAGCAGAGUUGAGCUCCACCCCUCCUGAUCACAGAUUUUCCUCUUCUCCCAUGAUGUGCCCUGAGAACUGGGAAAAUGGUCGGCAUAGCAGUUGGCUAUUUACAUCAGUUAAGAAUUCUCCUCUGCAGGGAGAGUUUUCAGCUUGGCAUCUGCGGCCAGAUACUGGCUCCUUUGUGCCAUUCAGACAAUUUAAGGGAAUCAUAGAAUAUCAGAACUGGAAGGGACCUCAGGAGAUCAUCUAGUCCAACCCCCUGCUCAAAGCAGGACCAGUCUCCAAUGUUUGCCCCAGAUCCCUAAAUGGCCCCCUCAAGGAUUGAACUUGGAACCCUGGGUUUAGCAGGCCAAUGCUCAAACCACUGAGCUAUCCCUCCUCUGGCCUUCUAUUUUUCUCCUGCAGCUGGAAAAUGAUGCUAUGACUAGAAUGACACCAUUGUGCCUCUGGAAAGUUUUUCACUCUGAGAACUGUGUAGGAAGCCGUUACUAUAUGAUGAAAACAAGACCCAGCACUGAAGAUAGAACAGAACUUGACUGUCCACAUAGUCAAUAGUCAAGGUGUGCCAAUGCACUUCAGAAACAACAUGUUACAUCCUGGGGGAAUAUUGAUUAUGUAGGUAAAUAGAGCAUAUAUUCUCUGCAAUGGCUCUCUCUCAGCCUGGGAUAUCAGAACCUGUCUCAUUGAGUGAGGGAAUGUUGGGCUAGGACCCUAGCAGGGAUUAUUCCUUAUUCUUUUCAAAGUGCCACAGGAUCCUUGAUUCCGGACAGUUAUCAGAAGCAAGCAGACUGGGCAUCAGUUUAAUAUUAUACAUGUGUAUAGCACCUAUGAGGGUUUGGUGUCCAUCCUAGCACUGCAUUGCAGUCUAUGCAUUGGGCAGUGCCCAAGUUCUAGCGUGGGGCUGGAAACCCACUUAAAUUAAAUUUAAAUAUUUUAAUUUAUUAAAAUAUCUUUACUGCAGGUUUUUUUUUCCAUGGAGCUAUUGUUUAAAAGUUUAAAGAAUUUAGGGAUGAUCAACCAUUGAGGUUGCUGGACUGGUAGAAUAUUAGUUACUCUGCCUGUACAGGGGUUCCUGCUGUAGAAUGUAGCAGCUCCUGGAUUGAUCCCAUUCUGAGUGCUGCACUGUCCCAUUUUAAAGUGCAACUGAGGGGCAGAAAAUAUUUUUAAUGUUAAUAAAAUAAACCAUUUUGUUAUUUAACAACUUUAGUUAUUUUUGUUAUUGCAUAUUUCAAUAUUCUAUAAAUAUAUCUCUAUAUACAUUAUGUGAUAAAACAUGACAAGGUUCUGGGUAACUAUAGAAUCCCUCAGGCAUUGUUGACCACGUAGAAAGAAGGCGGCCAUGGCAAGCAGUAGAUUUCAAGGAAAUUACAGCUCUUGGUUAUAAAAUGGAAGUUCAAUAUAAAAUAACCCCUCAGCCCUCUGCAUUUAGUGGGUGUUGUAUGUGUGGGUAUAGCAUCAGCAAUAGUCCGUGAAAAUGUCUCAGUAAUUGUACAGCUCACUCUGAACAGAUUUGUGAUAGCCAGGCUGAGCUCUAGGGAUCAUCUCACAGUUUGAGAUCUGUCUGUCUAGAUUCUUAUGCUGACACCCCUCACCUUUGUAUCUCCCAAAUGUGAAAACAACAACAAUGGAAUCAUUCAAUAUCAAUUCACAGUUCUGUAGCCUGGCUUUUGAACUGUUCAUGGGCAGUUCUGUAAUGCACAAGGAAGGGCCGUGAGAGCACCAGAUACAUAAAGAAAAUAGAACAAAAUAAAUGUUUUGUUGCCAUUGAUCUUCACAAUUGUAUAUGUGUAGCUGGUGCUAAUUUGGAUGAACAAGUGAGCACACAGUUUGGUGGUGGUGUGUUGCAUUUAGUCCUGGUAUGUUUGUUUGAACUUUUUAAUCAUCCCUUUUGCUCACUUCUCUCUUCAACUUUGCUGUUUCAUUGUUACAGUGACAUGAAUUGUAAUGAAUAGCAUCAACACACCGGGUCUCACAUAGACGGUGGCUUGCCAGCUGCUAUUUUCUAUCUACGAAUACAGACUAACACGGCUGUUACUCUGAAACCUAUUUUCUAUCUAGCUAUCCCAGAUGCUGCACUUGGGUGCACUUAGGUGUUGAUAGUUCCAAUGCAUCAAAUUCAUAGUGAGAAGAACUGUCAAAAAGUAUAAAAUGGGCAGGUAAAUUGGUAGCCUUAAGCUCCCUGGGGCUUUCACAUAUGUAAUGACACUCAAUGAGUAUAUAUGCAUGCUGGAUAUUUGGAUGCCUUGAAGAUACUUUGAGAAAUUCUGUCCAGCAGUCCUGUCCAUGCCUCUUGGGCACUGCACUGAUAAAAUGGUUCCUUCUGCUGAUUCCUUUGAAGUUCAUAAUUUUGUCUUUCCCCAUUUUUGCCUCUGGUUUUGGUCAGAAUAAAGGGACAUGGCCAAGUACUUUGUAAAUUUGAUGUUUAAGGUUUUACUUUCCAUUGUUUGUAACAGCUCCCUUAGCACUUUGAGAAUAGCAUUUCUUCCUGCAUUGUGUUUGACCUUUCCUAUUUGUCAAAUGGUACAUUUCUCUCCUUUUUCUCUGGGAACACAAACCAACCUGGCAAUAGGUUGUUAAUUUCCUUGUUUGUCAAAAGCAUCAUCCAGGAGUGUCUUUAGUACUGCAGCAUUUCUGGGAACAGUUUGUUAGUAAAUCCAUGCCUUGCUGGCUGCCUCUGAACAGAACAAACAAUAGUACAGGAUUCAAACUGGUGGGUGUCUUCUCCUUUUGAUUUCUUAGUAACAGAAUAGGCAAUUGCUUUUUAAACACACACAUUUAAAAUCUGGAGGAGCUCCCCAACACACUAAAGUGGAUUUUAAAGUAGGUCCAAUAAUGUGCCAAAAAUUAUUUGACAGUGGCACAUCUAAGUCUAGACUUUUAAAUGUUAGGAAAAGAUUCUCGAGAUUCUGUGCUGCAACUCCACCAGGCAGUGCAAAUGGAAGGCUCUGCUGAAAAGGGAGAAGGGUCUUAAAGGUAGCUUUAAGCUGCCCUGCCAUGGCUCCCAGAGUAAUUUAGAGCAAUGGCUGGCUAUUAUAAGUUACAGUACCCUUUCUCUGGUCUAUCUAUGGGCUGCUUUGUAGCCUGCAGUUGCUGAGAAUUUCUCUAGCUGUAUGAGCUAGAGGGACUCCCCUCCUGCUUCUGGCAUGCCUCCUACAUUAGGGUUUGUGAUGGGGUCUGCAGAGAGAAGCCUAUGUCUGUCCUAAACAGUGCAUGUGUCAGAGGAAUUUUUACCCUGCUGGCUAAGGGCUGCCAUAGUGGCAGGAAAAAAUCCCUCCCUCAGGCCUGAUCCUGCCCAAGGAAAGUAAUUGCCUUUGACUUCAGUGAGCACAGGAUCAAGCCUCUGAUGAUUAGGCAGACUAAGUGCUGAAUAAUCUCACUUCAUAAAGCAAUCAGGUUGCAUCUUACAGCCAACCUUUUCUAUAAACUGAUAUAUUCCAGCCAAAGGUGAUGUCUUUCAUUUCUUGCAUGGUAAAAAGAGAAGCGUCUUUCCCACAGAGGGCACGUAUAUCCAGUUGGCAAGAGGGAGGCAAGGAGCCAGCAUACUCCUCUUCUAUACGUGCUUUAAUAAUACCCAUCCAGAUGCAGCACCUGGAGUCUUUUGAGAUGUAAAGGAAGGAAUCCUUUUUAACAAAAGUGUUCUUUGUUUUAACAUGCACACCACAAUAGUUCAGUGAAAGAUUUGAUUUUUAGCCCACUGAAAUGUAUCCAGUUAUGGUUGGACAUCCCCCAAUCCCAGGGAAGUGUGAAGACCUGAAGGCUAGAUAUUUUUCAAAGAAAAAUAGACAUGGCAGAGAUAAAAUAAUGGGAGAACAGAAAAUUCACUCAGAAAUAUUUUCUACAGCAAUUGGUUUCCAUUUUCUUGCCAUCAUCUUACAAAGACAGAAGCUGAAUUGGGAGUGCUGUAUUACAAUUGCGUAAUGAUAGUUUAUCAAUGAUUUAGCAGCUCAAACUUUCAUAUGUACAGUAAGGAGAUGUACAUUCUAAAAUACAAGAAAUAGACACCAUUCCUUUAAGUAAUAUAUCACUAAUUAUAUAAUUACUGUAUUAGAGCCAGAUUCUGUUAUUCUUACUCACAUUGAGUAAUACCUGAUUCCACAAUUAGCCCCACCCAUAAGACUACUCCAGGAGUAAAGGUCUACUCACUGUGAGUAAGGUAUCAAUAUCUGGCCCUUACACAGCACUGAUAAUUCAAAAGUACUUAAGAACUAAGACAUGUCUAAUAACAAAUUAAUUGAACAGAUAAAUUUCAGAGUAGCAGCUGUGUUAGUCUGUAUCUGCAAAAAGAAAAGGAAUACUUGUGGCACCUUAGAGACGAACAAAUUUAUUUGAGCAUAAGC